CCGGAAAUGAGGUCAGAGAGGGAAACCCGGACUAGAAGCUUCAGCCCCGAAGGAGGCGCCGGGUGCGAGCGGCUGCGGCAGCCGAUGUGGCCUCAUGGAUGAGCUGGUACAUGACUUAGCUUCAGCCUUGGAGCAGACAUCUGAGCAGAGUAAGCUUGGUGAGCUGUGGGAGGAGAUGGCCCUGAGCCCCAGGCAGCAGAGACGGCAGCUUCGGAAGCGCAGAGGCCGGAAACGCAGGUCUGACUUUUCUCACCUGGCAGAGCAUGCCUGCUGCUUCAGUGAAGCCUCGGAGUCAAGUCUGGAUGAAGCCACAAAGGACUGCCGAGAAGUGGCUCCGCUCACCAAUUUUAGUGACUCUGAUGACACAGUGGCGAGCAAACGGCACCCAGCUCUCAGUGCCAUCAUUAGAAGUAAGCCACACUCUUGGCAUGAAUCUGACUCCUUUACCGAAAACGCACCUUGCCGACCACUCAGGCGCCGGCGGAAGGUGAAGAGAGUGACGUCAGAGGUGGCCGCCAGCCUUCAGCAGAAGCUGAAGGUGUCAGAUUGGAGCUACGAGAGAGGCUGCAGGUUCAAGUCUGCCAAGAAGCAGCGUUUGUCCCGCUGGAAGGAGAACACUCCCUGGACCUCAUCAGGGCAUGGGCUGUGUGAGGCCGCAGAAAACAGGACUUUCCUAAGCAGAACAGGAAGGAAAGAGAGGAUGGAGUGUGAAGCAGAGGAAGCGAAGCAGGGCUCUGACGAGAACAUGUCAGAAUGUGAAACUAGCAGUGUAUGCAGCAGCAGCGACACCGGGCUCUUCACCAAUGAUGAAGGACGGCAAGGGGAUGAUGAGCAAAGUGAUUGGUUUUAUGAAGGAGAAUGUGUUCCCGGAUUCACUGUCCAUAACCUUCUGCCCAAGUGGGCUCCAGAUCACUGCACUGAAGUAGAAAGAAUGGACGCUGGACUGGAUAAAUUCUCAGAUCCCACAUUCCUUUUACCUUCCCGGCCAGCUCAAAGAGGAUACCAUGCUCGUCUGAAUCGGUUGCCGGGAGCUGCAGCUCGGUGCCUCAGGAAGGGGCGGAGAAGGCUGGCAGGGAAGGAGACCAGCCUAAGCAGUCUAGGAACCGAGAGGAUAAGCCAUAUCAUCAGUGACCCUGGCCAGAAAGAAAAGAAUAAAGCAUUGGCUUCUGAUUUUCCUCCCAUUUCUGCUUGUGCACAUGAGUUUAAUCCUCUCUCCCCCCUUUACUCCCUGGAUGUUCUUGCUGACUCUUCUCAUCGAAGGUGUUCCCCUGCACACUGCUCUGCCAGGCAGGCGAAGGUACACUGGGGACCACCAUGUUCACGUGACAUUAAGAGGAAACGGAAGCCUGUGGCCUUAGCAUCUUUACCUAGCUCUAGGACAGUGCACCCAGAUGUGUUGGAGCUAGCCACCCCAGCCCAGAAGCCUCCCCACUCUGAGUGGUUAGACGGGACCUCUGCAGCAGAGAAAGCUACUGCCUCAGCUCCAGCCAUGUUUUUCAAAAUGCCACAUGAAAAGAGUUCUGGAUGCAUCUAGAGCCCAGUGGCUGAUGGAUGUUGAAACUUCGUAUUAUACAACCUUGGUGUCCUAAUUGGCACUCCUGGUCCUUGCACCACCAGGACCCACUCCUCUUCACAUGCAGCGGUGGCUCUUUCUUUUAGAAGAUCUUAUUUGGGGAAUCUUUUUCUGUAAAGCAGCGGGGCAGCAGUUUUCCUUGAGGGGGCGGGGCAUCUUCUAUUGUAUCCCUUACUCUGUUGUUAGCCCGCUGCUCACCUUCGCUGCUUUCCUAGAGCUGAUGCUCCUGGGCAGCUGUGUCUUUGUUCUAGUAACAGCGCUGGCAUCCCUUCUGCAUAGAGCUUUUACUAUCACCAGUGAAGUCCCAAAUUCACAGCCAAUUCCAAACACAUUCCUCCAUGGGAUGUGUCUGUGCAGUACGGCUUGCCAUCAAGCCUUUAUUUACUCUGUGCCAGUAAGAUACACCAACCAGGUUCUCAGUUUGGGGCCCCAGAAGAGACACCAGCAUGAGGGGUUGGGAACUUCUUCCACUGGGCUUGCAUAUGAACUGAGGGAUCACUGGCGGCUGUGUUGUCCUUGACCUCAUCUUCAUGGUCUGUGUUCUGCUGGCAGAGGGCACAUCUAAGCUCAGAGGUUGGUGUACUAAAAUGCAGAUGGAGGUUUAGGUGCACAGCAGAAUAGUCAGUGGCUGGUGUUUGCUCUAGCAUUCUGAUCCUGGCUUAAUUAUAUUCUGAGUGGGACUUCACUGUUAGUUAUUCUGUAGAAUAAUGCGCUGUUGUCUGAGAAGGAAAAUGUCUUUGGGACAUGCCUCUGUGUGGCGUGUUUAUGACUGCUCAGCUGCAUGUAGAGCUGUAUAUACGGUUGUGCCUCAAGUCAAUGCUACUUUGUCAAAGUGAGGAAUAUGUGACUGCCUGGAGCUGCUGGGGAAAAGCCACAUUUCCCAAAAGUAUUCUCAAGAGCACCUGUCAUUCAGGGGCCUGCUUGACAGGGUGCUCUUACUUUGUAUCAACCGAGUGCUUCUACUCUGAAAUACACAGGAGCUGAUGUUAAACCCUCACUGCUUUGGUCACAUGGAACUGAACACCUCUCCCUUAGACAGGUACCUCGUUUUCCCAAAGUGUAAUUGUCCCUCCCACACAGUGUAAUUAAUGCGAGGUGGACAGGCGGUCAGAGUGUGAGUCUGUAUGGAAAGGGGACUCUGAAGCUGGUUUUAUAGAUUCUGUGGAAGGCUGAGAACGUACCAGCUGGCCAUAAGAGAGUGAUGAAGGGAAAUGCAGAUAGAGAUCAUAUAAUGGAGGGUAACACCGAAGCCUCCAGUCCCCCAGAAUCACCCUGAUUCUUCGAAGGAGUGACUGUCCUAUGGGGUGUCACAGCUACAUCCACAGAAGGUAGGGAAUGUGGCACUGUUUGGUGGCUCAGUGAUGAAAGUGGGCUGUGUUGUGCGUACUCACCUAGACUUAGUUCCUGCAGUGGCCUGUGGAACACGGUUCUGACAUCCUGGCUUGGGCCAAGGGAGAGAUCUACUGGUGACACUUAAACCAGUUCCUAAACUUCAUGCAGACAUCGGUUCUGAUGAUGGCUUUUGAGACCGCCACGGUUAGGUGCAAAGAUAUUCCCGUAGCUCUCCUUUAUGGUCCAUUGCCAGGUCGUCCUCUCCUACCUGGGAUUUAAAGUAGUUUAUAUAUACAUAUUUAUUUACACUUUAAAUAUCUCUCUGAAGCCAUGCCAAUUUUCAGAGGUAAAGGCAGACUUGCAUAUUGUAUUCCGGCACAUGAGUAAGCCCAAACAAGCUAUAGACUUAGAUGUUAUUCUGCCCUGGGUUAUAUAAUCUGUGUUUCUCAUUGGUAUCCCUGGUCAGUCUGAGACCCAUGUCAAUAAUGUUUUUUCAUGAUUGUUUCAUUUUUCUUGGUCAUGAAUUUCUAUACAUUUCUGAAUAAUUUUGACAGGGAUCAGCCAAGAUUAUAGUAUCUACCUGUAACGAAUGGGAAUAAAGUCAUUUACCUGAGAAAAUAGAAUAUUAAGUGCACAAAUACUUUUUAAUACAGGGUUGUAAAUUACGCUCAUUUUAAAGUACACAUGCUUAGGGAAGCCAUUUAUUCUGCUAUUUCUCUGUCAACCAGCUUCAGAGGCUAACUAGUAUCAGCUGUAUUUUAAACCUUACAUUUAAACAUUUUUAUGACACGGUGGAUAAUGCCAUAAAUUAAGAUCUGCUUUUCAAGGAGAGGUGCGGUUUUGUUGUCAGUAUUGAAGAUCACCAGACAGACCUUAAGGAUGCACUGGAUAUGAGAAGCUAAUGAAGCCAAGAGCCAUGGUUCUGAGUUGUGUUAAAUCCUUACAGACUACACAGAUGUUUCUGAAUUUCACUGUUGUGUUUUUUCUAACACAGACAAACGUGUUAUCUACUUGCAUGACGUCCAUUCACAAGUUGUUAGCUUUGUGGAGGAAUUUGAGGGGAUUUGAGAUUAAUUUUAAGAUGCAGCAGUUAAAGGAGGAGCUUCAUUUGUAUCCAGACCUCUGCACAGCUCUUUGGUCAGAACUGCUGGGAAGAGGAAGUCAUUGCUGUUUUCGGGCGCUACAUUUACAGGGACAGAAUAUAGUUUUCCUGAGUGGCAUGUGUUUAAGCCUUGAGUUCUCUAGAGAUCAGUUGCAGUGAGAGACUUUAGAUGGCGUUGGCUCUUAAACAAGACCAGUUCUCAAAGCAGAUGACCCAAAGUAAAUAAAGUGUCUCAAACUUUGGUCCUUCGAAUGAGAUUUUUUUUUUAAGUAAAGUUCAGUGUGUAUAACGAGUAAUUUAACUAUCUGUCCUAAAAAGAUUUAUUAAGGUUUGCAUUCGAGGUUGAGAGUCACUGAGCAUAUCUGUCCAUCUAUAUCUACCUACCUAUGUAUCUAUCUAUCAUCUCUAUCAUUCAUCUAUCUAUCUAUCAUUUAUCUAUAUCUACCUUUCUAUCAAUCUCUCCAAAAUUUCCUUCCAUUGUCUAGGAAGUUCUGUGUUACCCUGAAUUAACACAAAGCCACUGAGAACUAAGAGUUAUAGGUACUAGAAGGAACUGCCAGGCCACCAUGAUCAUAGCUGGUUCUUCAGCUCUGGGUAAAGAAGUAUGGGGAUGCAUGCUCAUUUAAGGUCUUGCUCUGUUUUGGCAUGAUUGCUGUGGUUCUGAGCAAUGUGCUUUAUUUCUCCCCUUCCUGGGCAGAAUCUGUGGAUACACCUUAGCAGCAGCUGUCUUCAGUGUCUUAGGAACUUUGUUUGAACUGAGCGCGGAGCGGCUGGCUCUAGCAGACACGACUGCUAUCUUGUUGGGGGAAAGUGGAAGCAUUUCACUCUUGUCAGCCUCUUCCUUUGCUCAAGCCAGUUUUGCUCGUCACCAUGUCCUUAUUUCCCUUUGCUGCAGUUAGCAGAGUUACAGCUUCUAGCAAUAGUCAGGAUGUGAUUCUACCCCUUCUUUAGAGAAGCAAAGCCAGGGAGCGGGACUGCAGGUGCUAAACACAGACGGCUUGGUAUUCGCUCCUGUGUUAGACUCUGAAGAAGAGGAAGGCCAUGCCUGGAAAUGGCAAUGUGGAAGAAAAAGAACAAUAGUGCUGAAGAGUGUAGAGUGUAAGGUUUUUAUAAAAGGGGCCUAGCAGUGUAAAUUUAGGCAGGAUAAUAUACUUGUGGGUGUGGGGAAAUCUCUUGGUAAAUUAGCAGGAACUAAAGUUUUCCACUGUGGUCUAAAGAUGAAGCUGACACUGGAGAUACAAAGGGGCGCCAUCCUAGAUAGAGGGAAGGAAAGGGGUGCUCUGAGCAGAGCCCCAGACUGGUCCUUAGCCGGGCAGUGAGGACCAUGUUGAAGAUGCUUACAUGGGGAGCAGCGUCUGACCUACUGAGUCAGUGCCUGGGAAUGAGGUCCAGCAAAGCCUAACAAACCCUGCAGGGGAUCCAGAUGCAGCCUGAAGCCUUGGCUGCACAGGUGUUGCCAGUUAAAUGGGCUCCUUGGCAAAGACAGAUUUGUGUGUGAUUCCUUGCCUAAACUCUCAAAAAAUGGCUUUGUUCCCAUGGGUUUCCCUCACAAACGCCUGGGAAAGGGUGAUAGAGACCAUGAGUAGAGGAUGGAAGUGACUUGACACAGGUGUCCAAGUGUAACAAGAGUGACCGUCACUUUUCAGUUAUCAGUAUAAGAUGGUACUUAUAUACAGCCACCUGUGAGUUUUAUGUGUUCAGAAGUCAGUUUAAGGAAAAGCCUUACACAUUUUUCUAGCAUAGUGAUGUACAUUUUAAUAUAUAAUUCAGAAAAAAUUAAAAGAACCAAUACUUCAGCAGGCAUAUCAUAAGCAUCUGCUGAGGUUGGUAAUCUCAGUACAUCAGUCCACCCACAUUCUCACGUCUGCUUUACACCCAGCUAAUAGGGUGUGAAGGCUGGAAACCUGACAGUAAUGCCCCACUGAUUUGCGCUGUUUGCGUUACAGCGGCAGCACUUCAGAGUAUGAUAAGCUCAUUUGAAGCUUUCGGGAAAAAUGGACAUUGUACUUGACGAUUUUAUUCAUAGUAAUUAAGAUGGGUCCUGACUUACUCCAGAGCCCACAAACCCAAAUUCUCCCUUCCAGAGAGAUGUGUAAUGAAGGAGUUCACUGUAUUCGGGAAGGUGUUCUGAAAACUGCCUAGCACUGGUUCCCUAGACUCUGCAUGUGUCCCCUUUCCUAGCUUAAAGGUUAAUUAAAACCACCUGUUGCACCGGGCGGAGGUGGCGGUGGUGGUGGUGGCUGUGGCGGCCACUGCCUGUAAUCCCAAUAUUUGGGAGGCAGAGGCAGGUGGAUCUCUGAGUUUGAGGCCUGCCUAGUCACCAGAACGAGUUCCAGCAGGACAGCCAGGUCUGUUACACAGGGAAGCCCUGCCUUUGAGGGGAGGGGUGUCUUUAUGGUGGCUCAUGCCUGUGAUCCCAGAAUUGCAGGGCAGAGGCAGGAAGAUUCUAGGUUGAACUACAUAGCAGGUUUUGUCUUUUAACAAACAAUUGGAAAAGCUUUCUAAGGUUUUAAUAAUGCAAAUAUUUUCUUUCUCUGAAAGGUAGUUCUGAUCCUUGCAGAAUCUUCAGAUGUUUAUAAUUGCAGAAUGAAAGAAGAUAACUUUUUAAAAUUUAUUUUUUAUUUUAUUAUGUAUACAGUGUUCUGUCUGCAUUUAUCCCUGCAAGUCAGAAGAGGGAACCAUAUCUUAUUACAGAUGGUUAUGAACCACCAUGUGGUUACUGGGAAUUGAACUCAGGACCUCUGGAGGAGCAGCCAGUGCUCUUAACCUCUGAGCCAUCUCUCCAGCCCAGAAGAUAAUUUUGAACUAGCUUCCGGGUAGCUUUUUUAACUAGGAGCUGAAGCCACCCCAGCAUCAUGGUAACAUUUAGUUCCUACUGUCCAGGAUCUCAGCCAGUGCCCCUCCUCUUAGCGGUUUUUGCAAAGCACCCAUUCUAAAUCCUGUUAACCUCAGCCUCUCAGCAACUAAUCUUGCCCUCCCACCCAUGACUGACUUAGCAGAGCGUCCCCCACCUCUCAACCACACUUCCUCUCAGAACCCGAGUACCUGUGGACCUGUCUUGCCCUCAGUUCUUGUGUUUUGUGCAUUGCUCGGGCUAGCUAUAAAUAGCCUCUUUUAUAGACAUUUUUGCAUUUUUAAUAUGCUCAGAAACUACCCCCCUUCAAACAAAAUACCCCUCCUUCGACUCUGGACCCCCACCCACCACUGAAGUAUGACUCCUACUCUGUCUUUAAAUUCUGUUUGUUUGGGUUUUUUUUGUUGUUGUUGUUGUUGGAGCGGGGUUUUAGCCCUGUGUGCACAUGCAGAUCAAUUGGGAGUUUUAAAAGUGGUGGUGGUUCAGCAGGUGAACGGCAUUUGUCACCAAGCUAUGCAUAAUUGUGUUUACAUGUGAUUAAAACCAGAUGCAUUAUAGGAGGGGACAUAUCCAGUAGAUGACCUUGUGACCCAAUCUAUCAGUCAAAGCACUGUUGCCAGGAAGGUGUUUUCUCUGCCAUUGUAUCUUCUAACUUGUAAUUCUAUAUAUAAAAGGUAUUGAUUUU